UUCCGGACAACGUAUUCGCUCGCUCUAAUUUCGUCACCCCACCCAUCGUCACAGUCUUUCUUUCUUAUUUGGUUUUGUAAGCGACGAGUGGUGAAUUUUAUAGUUACUGUUAAAUAGGACAGUUUGAUAUCACUGCAUUCUGCUAUUUUUUAAUUAUUAAUAUAAGGUGCACUUUUAAAGUAGUGUGGAUUCGGUACAAUGGUCGUGUAGUGAAAAUUAAUAUCGUAAAACAAGGACAAAAACAUAUUGCAGCUCAAAAUGGCUGCUCUGAAUAAACCUUUGCAGUUUGACAAAAUAUGUCGCGCUUGUUUAGAGAUAAAAAAGGACAUGCGACCUCUAUUUGAACAACUUACAGCGACGAUGUUGAUGGGCAUAUCGAAAGUGCAGGUCGCUGUAGGAGACGGCCUGCCCCCCCAGCUGUGCCUCCAGUGCGUGCACCAGAUCUCCCGGUGCCACGCCUUCAAGGACCUCGUCGAGAGGAAUGACGUCACGCUCCGGGAACACGCCGCGCGCAUGGCUGAAGAGGCCUUUAAGAGGGAGAGGGAGGAGAAGGACAAGUUACUGAGCCUCAACUGCGCGGAGCCGUCAUACAUGCAAUACAUGGAGGUGCCGCUGACCAACCCGGCGCAGAUACUGGAUGGGUUCUUCACUGCCACGCCUGAUCCGCUGACUGCCGAAAACACCGAGUCGAAACAAGAAUAUGAGGUUGAAAAGCUGCAGCCAGACGUCGCUCAGCAGAAAGACAAAGAAGGUCUGAACUCUGACGAAGAGAACUACUUACAACUGGUUUUAUUCCAAGCCACGUCCACAGUGUCGCCCGGGCGUCAUGUAUGCAACCUGUGUCACAAGGAGUUCAAGCACUCGCGCUGGCUCAAGCAGCACAUGCGCUCGCACACCAACUGGAUCAAAGCUAAUUGCAAGAAACCACCCAUGUGCUCUAUCUGCGAUAGAACUUUCAAGGGUCAGGGUAUGCUAAAAAUGCACAUGCGUACCCACGAGGCGCGUCCAGCCAAGCAGCCGACAUGCUCCGUGUGCCAGCGCACGUUCCCCACCAAGACCCUGCUGUACCGGCACCGGCAGACGCACUUCGAGCAGAAGACGCACCUGUGCACGGUGUGCGACAAGCGAUUCUAUAGCGCGUAUGCUUUGCGCUCGCACAUGGCGAGGCAUCGCGGCGAGCGACCCUACGUCUGUUCUACUUGUACCAAGAGCUUCUAUAACCCUACAGACCUUAAGGUUCAUUUCCGUCUGCACACUGGUGAGAAGCCGCUGAAAUGUACGGAAUGCAACAAGACGUUCCGUCGUCACUCGACGCUGUGCCAGCAUAUGAAGAAGCACCGCGGCAUACGGAACCACGUGUGCACUGUCUGUAAUAAGGGCUUCUAUGAAGUGUCCAAGCUUAAUGCGCAUAUGCGGGUACAUACUGGCGAGCGUCCAUACGAGUGCCAGUACUGCGAGCGUCGCUUCGCGCAGCAGUCGGCGCUGAUCUACCACCGCCGCACGCACACGGGCGAGAAGCCCUACAGCUGCAAGAUCUGCUUCGCGCGCUUCACCACCUCCUCCGCCAGGAACAACCAUAUGGUCACACAUACUGGGAACAAGAGGUUCGCAUGCCCGGUGUGCCUGAAGGGCUGCACGUCGCGCACGGAGCUGCGCGUGCACGCCAGCAAGCACACCGGCGAGAAGCUGUUCGAGUGCGGCGUCUGCCAGCAGCGCUUCAGCUCCGCCUCCUACCUCGCCGUGCACCGCCGCUACCACUCCGGCGAGAAGAAGUACCACUGCCAGGUCUGCGGGAAGGGCUAUGUUGAAUCGAAUUCAUACAAGAAACACAUGAAGACUCACGGCGUCAGCAAGUCGGAGACAGAGUCGUCGGCGUCGGAGGCGAGCGCCGACAAGACCGACGCCACCGUCACCGAGCAUACCACCACCAGCACCGACGAUAUGGACGUGCAGAACCAAGCUCAAGGUCAAAUCCAAAUCCAAGUUCAAGAGCAACAAGUCCUUCAAGUUCAAGGACAAGUAGAGCGCCCUCCGCAGCAGAAGGUCACUCGCUACAAAUGCGGCUUCUGCGUGAAGACUUAUAUGAAUCUGCACAACUUGAAGAAACAUAUGCUGGUGCAUACUCAAGCCAAUCAGGAUAACACCCGAAACUCGGAGCCAAUAAUAUUCCUGACACAACAGCAAACACAGCAACAACAGCAACAGCAACAACAACAACAGGUGCAACAGCAACAAGUGCAACAGCAACAAGUGCAACAACAACAAGUCCAACACCAACAGAUGCAACAACAACAUCAACAAGUCCAACAAGUACAAGUGCAACAGCAACAAGUGCAACAGCAGGUGCAACACCAUCAACAACAACAGUUGCAGCAACAAGCUGUGUUGCAGGUUGGCAACGUGCAACAGCUAGCGGUGCCGAUACAUGCGCAACAUGUUCAACAGGGCAUCACUGUGUCUGGUGUUCAGAGCCAGCACCCGUACCCGGUGAUAUCUUCAGUGCAGUCGCUGCAGCUGCAGCAAACACAACAGGUUAACACGCAACAGCCACAGCAGCUUCAAGUACAAACCAUACAGAUACAUCCACAGCAUCAACCUAUACAAAUACACGCUGUGGGAGUGCAACAAGUGCAGCAGCAACAGUUGCACGUGGCUACAUCGUCCUGUCAGACCAUGCUGCCCAAUAUAUUGCAGCUGCAGCCAGGCACGGUGGCGGUGUCAGGGUUAGGGCAGCAGGAGCUGGGCGGCGUGACGCACCGCAUCAUCCUGCAGCCGCAGCCCGCGCCGCCGCACCCUGCCGUCUACACCAUACACCACUGAGACAGCGCCAUCUACCGGCCCAGCCGUGACAUACAUAGCGCCAUAGAUGUACAGUAGUAAAGGGGACGCGUUUUAGGGGCUGUCUUUUGUUUUUGUUUUAGACGUUCAAAAAGUGCUGAUUUAUCAGCCUAAUUUGAAUAAACGUUUUUUUUUGUGUUUGAAUCGAUUCGGCAAUCGACUGAUUUUUUGUGUAAGUUCAUCAGUUAAGUGACUUUUUAUGUGCUGGUUUCCUCUACUUUGAAAUUGGGAGCUUUUUUUUAAUUUUGAGCAUAGAUUAUUUUACAAAAUCUAUCGGGUUUUCAGGUUAUAAUUUAUGUUUGAUACAUACGGAGCCUCUAGCUAGAGUCCAUAUUUUGGACUCAUACCACAUAUAGUUAUCUAUCACGCAUUGCUGAUCUAUCAAACUAGUGGAAUACUAUAGGCCUAUAUGUGCACACGAUCUUUGCUCGGAUUAAAACGAGUUUAUCGAGUACAUUCGUAAGUCUGUACCGACCAUAAUGUUUACACAAUACACCUAAGUAACACUGCUUGAUAUGUUACAAUUAUGUAGUGGUUGGUUGACAAAUACAGUUAUACCUACAAUAAUAAGAGGAGUGCUAUUUACCAUUUUUCUUUAUAUUUGAUGGGCAGAACUUGCCCGCGAUAAAUGUAUAGUUAAGCCAGAUAAUGGGUAAAUAAUGCUACGAUAAGUUUUAUUAUCCAGCCAGAUGAUAUCAGAACGUAUUUACUGUAAUACCAAUUUAUUUUAUGUAUUCCGUGGUUAGGCGUUUUUAAAUAUUGGAUAUAGCACUCCAUUUUUCGGUUUUACUACAGUGUGCCUAGAUACAUUAUAUUUAAUAGAUAAUUUAGAGAGAAUACUGAAGUCUUAUUGCACUGGUGCCUGAAUAUUAUAUAGAUCGCUCGACUUUACAUUUGUAUGUUUAGAAUUUAUGUGUACAAUAGUGGUAGUAGCAUCUAGUUACAUCAGCAAUAUCUAGUGUAGGAACUCGUAAUAUGUGAUUAGUAAAUAUAGCUAUUUCGAUAUUAUUUCCUUGUAAAUAAGAUACAAUCCCCUACGGAGUUAGCAAUAAUGUAAAUAUACACAAUUGUUUAUAUUUAUUAUUAAAAUGUUUGUUUCGCUAAA